AUGUUGCGUCAAUCCUCCCGAUCUUUCCUCCGCGCUACCCAGCUGCCUAUCUCCCGCUCUUUCUCCAUCGCUGCUGCAAGAAUGAGUGAAGGUGACGUAGGCGCUCCGAGAUCUACUGGGAAAAUGACCACUGGCAAUUCAUGGUCCAAGAAGGAAGCUGCCGAUGAAGCCAUUUUCAUUAAGCAACGGGAGAUGGAAAAGUGCGUUUUCAUAACAUCCCCCAAUAUCUGA